UCUUUAGUUUCGUCUUGUUCAUUGUUCGAGAUACUCUCCUUCAACCUCUUCCCUCGCAUGGCAGUAACAACCAGAGAGAUUGAGAAGAAAGAAAGAAAGAAAGAGAGAAUCGAUUAGUUAAAGCUGGCGACUUUUAGCCCGAGGCGAGGAGCAAUGGCGGAGUUGCGUCACUCCAGCUCUCUCGUUACGCGAUCUUCUUCCUCUCCGCCACGCACCGGAGAUGAGGACUCCUCGAGAGAUCGAGACCGUCCGAUCUGGUGGGUUCCUUUCCUCGGCGGAGACGAUCUCAGGGCUUCUCCGCAGAAGAGUAAAGUUUCGAUCUUUCUGAUACUGUUCCUCGCCGUCGUCGCAAGCUUGAUCUCCGUUUACGGCCUUGUUAACCACUUGAAUGCGCCCUACUUGUGUAAGAAAGAUGGGAUUGUGCUCAACUGUCCUCAUGUAAAGGAGUCAGCUUCCCGUUGGGAGAAUCCUUUGCCUGCAACUACUUCGUGGAAGCCUUGCGCUGAGCGGCGCAUUGGUGGAGGAGUCUCUGAUGUUCUUCCUGAGAAUGAAACGAAUGGAUAUGUAUUCAUUCAUGCUGAAGGUGGUUUGAAUCAGCAGCGGAUUGCUAUCUGUAAUGCAGUAGCAGUUGCCAAGAUUAUGAAUGCAACUCUGAUUCUACCAGUACUGAAGCAGGACCAAAUUUGGAAAGACCAGACGAAGUUUGAAGACAUUUUUGAUGUAGAUCAUUUCAUUGAUUACUUGAAAGAUGAUGUCCGAAUCGUUAAAGACAUACCUGACUGGUUCACUGACAAAACAGAGUUAUUCUCUAGUAUAAGAAGAACAGUCAAAAACAUUCCCAAAUAUGCAGCAGCACAGUUCUAUAUAGACAAUGUAUUGCCAAGGAUAAAGGAGAAGAAGAUAAUGGCAUUGAAGCCUUUUGUAGAUCGACUUGGCUAUGACAAUGUACCUCAAGAAAUCAACAGAUUAAGAUGCCGUGUAAAUUACCAUGCCCUCAAAUUUCUCCCGGAGAUAGAGCAAAUGGCUGAUUCAAUUGCCUCUAGAAUGAGAAACCGCACUGGAACUCCAAAUCCUUACAUGGCUCUCCAUCUUAGAUUCGAGAAAGGAAUGGUUGGACUGUCGUUUUGUGAUUUUGUGGGGACAAGGGAAGAGAAGGCUAGAAUGGCGGAGUACAGACAAAAGGAAUGGCCUCGGCGCUUCAAGAAUGGCUCCCAUCUCUGGCAGCUGGCCUUGCAGAAGCGGAAAGAAGGUAGAUGCCCUCUUGAGCCGGGCGAAGUUGCUGUGAUCCUACGCGCAAUGGGGUAUCCAAAAGAAACACAGAUCUAUGUAGCAUCUGGUCAAGUCUAUGGAGGCCAAAACCGUAUGGCUCCACUAAGAAACAUGUUCCCAAACUUGGUAACAAAGGAGGAUUUAGCAGGGAAAGAGGAACUAGCAAGCUUUAGAAAGCACGUGACGAGCUUAGCUGCUCUAGACUUCUUGGUGUGUUUGAAGUCGGAUGUGUUUGUGAUGACACACGGUGGAAACUUUGCUAAACUGAUCAUUGGAGCAAGGAGAUACAUGGGCCAUCGCCAGAAAUCAAUCAAGCCGGAUAAAGGAUUGAUGUCGAAAUCAUUUGGGGAUCCUUACAUGGGAUGGGCAACUUUUGUGGAGGAUGUGGUUGUCACUCAUCAAACAAGGACCGGUUUGCCUGAAGAAACUUUCCCUAACUAUGAUCUUUGGGAGAAUCCUCUCACUCCAUGUAUGUGUAAAGCUUAACGAUGCUUUUGGCUUUUGCAUUUUGUGAGCUGGUGAUUAGCUGCUUUAAGAAAAAGAGAGAAGAUGAGUUUGGUCUGUGGAUUUUUGUCUUGAGGAGCAAGAUACUAUAGAGGUUUGGUAGUUUAUUCUCUUUCUUUGUUUUUAACCA